AGAAGGAAAUGUCCAGCAACCCAUGGACCAAUAUUCUGAGGGAAGCCACGAAUCAGGAAUUGAGAACAUCUUGGUGGAGCACGAUCCUGAUCUGUCCUUUCUGAGCCAGAAUGAGCUAUUCCCCAGGGAAAAUGAGGAAGCUAUCAUGUCAGCAGACUCCAAAGAAUCAGCCAAGGAUUUUUAUGGUCCUUUACACAAAGUGGCAGUGCCAUUACUGGAAGAAGAUGAGCAGCUCCAGAUGGUAACAACUUUCCCAGUUGGAAGAGAAAGCAUGGAAGAGAGGUCCAUGCUACCCAAUAUCUCUUUUCUAAAUGGGGAAGUUAGAGGAGCUUCCACAGAACCCUCCGUAGGUGUUCUUCACGAUGGCAAACUGUUCGCUGUAGUUGAUGAUGCUGAUCAGAUGAACGUCACUGAAGAGUCACCGAGUGUGGUUUCAGUGAUGGGCAAAAUGUCUUUGGAAAGGGACCCUGAAGAUGGCAUCUCAUCAGAAGCGAUCCCUCAUUUGGUCACCUCAACAUGGUUGCAGGGAAAUACAGAGGGUUUAUUCCCACAGGAUACUGCUUCUCCUCAACCCUCUCAAAUUCAAAUCCUAAAGGAGCAUCCAACAAUUCCCUUCCUAAUUCCUUCCCCCACUUCUCCAAAAGAUCCCCCCACUGCCACUGGGGCAACACCAUCUUUGGCUGGCAUCCCUGAGAAGAAUGUUUACACUGGACUGAAUGGGCAGUACUUCCAGGAACAGUGGAAAGAAGAGCUGGCUGUUGGUGGGAACCCAGAACGUAGCACCAUGCUACCCACUGCGUUGACUGUCUUGGACUUAGCAGGGCAUGAAAUGGUAGACAAUGCCAUUGAGUCUUCAGCUGGUGUGGUCCUGAGCUCUGCUUCCGCUCUUGAGGGAGGUGUAAGCUACUCGCUGUCCAACGAAGUUGAUGGAAAGAGGUUACCCUUACUUGAGAAUCGAGGCCAUAAGGAAAUCACCUUUUCUCCUGCAUCAACACCUCAUUCUUUGGAAGACACAAGUGCUGAAAGAACCAACCAAGAAUAUUGGACCGUUUCUGGGCCAAGAAGCCAGGAGAAGGAUGUGCACAAUGAGCACAUUCCCAUAUUAUCGCCGGUCUCAGCUAAUGUUCUACUUGAUCUGCAGAAAAUUGCUGUGACUACAGGAUACGAUCCUGAAGAUGCUUCCAUGGGGACCAGCAGGCAAGAUGACUAUCUUCAAGGGAUGACCCAAGCUGGAGACCAUGAAGAUGAUUUUUCUGGCUAUGGACAGGUGGUUACCCCAGCAGAAUCCCUUCUAUCCUCUGAACACCAGAGGAACAAACCACACGUUGAUGAGGCAAGUGGGGAAUAUGAUUACAGCUCCCGAGAAAGUCACAUCAAGGUAAUGAGCUUUGGCGAAGAGCUUCCGGGACCUGCUUUUGAGGACCACCAAAACUUGCCAGAGAAUGCAGAUGGAGAAACGGAGCCAGAAACUCUACAUUUUGUUAACCAAGAGGAGACAAUAAGCCUCCUCAAUAUCGCAGGAAAGGACACUGUCUUGAAACAGAGCAGCCAACAUUCAGAAGAAGCAUCCGAGCUGAGGGGACAUGAAGCUGUGACGCUCUCCCCAAAAGACAUCGUCUCCCCAACACCAGGAAAUGUGUAUUUGGAGGAAGCUCAAUUCCUCCCUGAGAAAACUGAGGCGUGGUUGGUGCCUGACCGCAACCAAGAUAAUAUGGAGACCACCAGAUCAAACAAAGGAAUCCUAGGGCUGCCAGAUGGUUCCACUUUCACUGAAGUCCUGGAUCUUUCUGAGGCACAAGGAAGCUGGGAAGUGGCUACUCAAAGCAUGGAGAACCACCCUGAAUCCAGCAUGAUAGAGCAAAGUCACCAUGAAAGCCCAGAGGAAGACAACGGUGGCUCCCAUUGGCCAGAUGGUGCCACUGCAAGACCUCCCGCUCAAAAUCCCACCAUCUUCUUUUCUCCUGCUCAAUCCCUUCUAGAUGAGACCAAGAAAGGAACAGAGACCACAGCCCUGAGUUUGCCUGAGGCGAGGACUCCAUUCACACUCCACAGCACCUCAGAGCUUAUACACCUUCCACAGCCAUCUGCCUUUGACAACCCACUUGCGGUUCCAAGCUCACAACCUUCCAUCUAUCCCACCGAAAGAGAGGUGGAAGCCAAGAUGGACCAGGAAGGAUACAUCCCCUCUGUCCCUGGAGAUUUUCUCCCAAUGGAGACCGACAGUGGGAGCGGAGAGGAGAAAGAAGAUGUUCUAGCACUCAAAGGAAUCCCCCGUCUGGUGUGGGCUCAGGAGAUGAAUGACAGCUUGCUUGCCGAAACUGACCCUUGCGAUAACGACCCAUGUUUGCAUGGAGGCACUUGCCAGUCCAGUGGAAAUCUUUCCAGCUGCCACUGUCUGCCGGGAUUCACGGGUGAAAACUGUGAAAUAGAUAUUGAUGACUGCUUAUCCAACCCUUGUCAAAAUGGCGGGACCUGCAUUGACGAGAUCAAUGCCUUUGUCUGCCUGUGCUUGCCCAGCUACGGAGGGAGCUUAUGCAACCGAGACACAGAAGGCUGCGACCACACAUGGCGUAAGUUCCAGGGUCACUGCUAUCGCUACUUUGCGCAUCGGCGCUCGUGGGAAGACGCGGAGAGGGACUGCCGACGUCGGUCAGGACAUCUCACCAGCAUUCACUCCUGGGAAGAACAUAAUUUCAUUAGCAGUUUCGGCCACGAGAACACUUGGAUCGGCCUCAAUGAUCGGAUCGUGGAACAGGAUUUCCAAUGGACGGACAACACCGGAUUGCAAUACGAGAACUGGCGUGAAAACCAGCCAGAUAAUUUCUUUGCCGGCGGCGAGGAUUGCGUGGUGUUGGUGUCCCAUGAGACUGGCAAAUGGAACGAUGUCCCAUGCAACUACAAACUCCCGUAUGUCUGCAAAAAAGAUACAGUGCUGUGUGGGCCACCCCCUCUGGUGGAAAACGCUUCCCCCAUUGGAAAGAAGAAGGAGAAGUACAGCGUGCACUCGACCAUCCGAUACCAGUGCACAGAAGGCUUCCUCCAAAGACAUUUGCCCACCAUCAAAUGUCACGUCAACGGCCUGUGGGAGAACCCCAAGGUCCUCUGCACAAAACCCAGACGGUCCCACAGAACCCGGCGGCAUCACCGUCAUCACCGCCGGCAGCAUCACCACCACAAAUCCCGCAAGGAGCGGAGGAAACACCAGAAGCAGCGUCCAAAGCUGGACUGGGCAGAGGAUGGCAGCAACUACUUUUAACCUCUGACCCCAAUGGAAGCACAAGCUUUGAUCCCUUCCCGUACCUCCAGCCCCCUCCUCCUCCUCCAUCUUCCUCCCGACCAUCCAGGAUGUGACGGGGUUUCCAUGUGUGAUGGGAGUGGCUGAUUGCCUUUUCUUUCCCUCUCGUAUCUCUACCCAGGGCCCGCUGCAGGAUGGCACAGUUGCGUGCGACACAUGCCCACUAGCAUUCAUGCAGACAUGCUGAAAACCUGGCACUUAAAAUGAUUCCAGUCAGGUCAGCAUGUUCCUCAUGCCUCCGCCCCCCACCCCUACCUCCAGCAAAACUGGGGCGCUAAUUUCUGAGAAUUUGCUCUCGUUUUUAAAAGAGAAGUUAUAAAAGUUCGUCUUGCUUGCAAAGAUCUUCUGGGAAACGGGGGCUUAAAAUUCAGAGGGGCAAAUAAAUUGCCCAAUGAUUGGGGAGUUGGAGGUUCUGCUUUGGCCUUCUUAGUCCCCAACUCACCCCGAGCCUGCCCCCCCCCCACAGUCAGCAACAUUAGAACCUUCUGCAAAGUAACAAAAGAAGAACAAGGCUUUGCAAAAAAAAAAAUUGCAUAAUUUUAGAGAAGAUAAAGGAAGACAUUUUUCUCAGCACAAGAUUCAAGUGGCCUCACUUGCCCCUUCCGAAGGUUUUGUUGUCCCACCAGCUUGGGCCUGAUCAGGUGAUGGGAAUUGUAGUCCAAUCUAUCUGGAGGUAGCUGAAUUGAACAUAGCUGGUUUAAGACAUUCUCUUUGCUGCCAGUUCUCUCUUGCUGCUAUUUAGCUAGCUUUUGAUUUAUCCAAGGGGAAAAGGUGAGGCUGAUUCUAUUUGAUUGCCAUCUGUUCCAGGGAUGGAUGACAUCUGUCAUUCCCACUUUUAAAGAAAGUGCCCUGAGACAUGGCUGGCUGAGGAAUUCUGGGAGUUGAAGUCCACAAGUCCUAAAAUUUGGAGACCUUGGUAUGUGGGAAUGGCUUUGGCAGAUAAGAGGGAGAGCUAUAGAUUGGAUAACCAGGAUGUAAAAGAUGCCUCAGUCCACAGAAGGACAGAAACCAUGGGAAACCGAGCACUUGCCCAGUCUGUGGCUUCCUCUCCCGUCUCACAAGGCCAUUCUCACACACCAUUACAGGCCUGUGGCAUAAACCACCUAGGAAACUAAGUUCCUUAGCCUGCAAAUCCUUCCAGGGAAGCAUAGCUCUUCUUCAAAUGUGGUCUGGGAUUCUCCAUGAACUAGGCCACUUCCUCAGAAAUUUCAAGUCGCCCCUUUUCUGAUCUCAUUUUCAUUUUAUUACUUCUUUGAAACAUCGUUAGGAUGGGGAAGAAACAUAGUAUAUGUUUCUCAGCCUUGGCAGCUUUAGGAUUCCUGGACUUCAGCUUAACUGGCUGGAGAAUUCUGGGAACUGAAGUCCACACAUCUUAAAAUGGCUAAGGUUGAGAAGGUGUCAUGAAUUUCCCACCAUGCCCCACAGCUCUGACAUAGCACAAUCUUGGGCCACUGAUGAGAGAUUAAAAUGGAUGCUGCCCAGCCUAGCAGCUAUAUUCAUAUGAGUAUAUUGUCUCUAGAACAGUGAUGGCGAACCUUUUAGAGACUGAGUGCCCAAACUGCAACCCAAAACCCACUUAUGCAUCGUCGGGUGCCAGGUGGGUGUGGCCCAU